AUGCCUCCCGAUAACCGCCCCGCAAGUGGCUCAGCUCCAGGCGCAAGCAGGAAGCGGUCCACAGCCCCCAAGCGUAAUGCUAUCGCCUGUUUGAGAUGCAAGGAGAGGAAGGCCAGGUGUGUACCAGCACCUCCUGGGUCAAGCCCUGUCCCCACCUGCACCAAUUGCCUCGGUGCAAGGAAAGAGUGUAUAUAUCUGGAUCGGACACCUAACGAAAUAUUCCUCUUGGAGUACGUCUCGCAGCUUGAAUCGCGGUGUGCCGCUCUUGAAAUGGAGCUUCGGAAACACAACCCCAAAUCGCAAUUUGCCUCGGACCACACCCCAGCGCCCGUAGAGGCUAGAGAAGCUGCGGUCGACAAGCUCAACACGGUCUAUCCUUCUGGGCCGCCGCGUCCAGCAUCCGACAAUGCAGAAGCUGGACCCAGUACUGCUCCGAGAAACAGUGCUCAAGCAGCCACAAUACCUCUGGCUCGGUUUGACGACGAUCCUGGCAAAAAGGGCGAAUCGGGACAGAGUGACGAGGGUGAUGCGGACGAAGGAGAUGAAGCCGAUUUCGCUUUGGGUAUUGGUAUGCUGAGUCUCGGCGGCGGUGAAGAGCCGGUAUAUGUAGGACCAUCUUCGGGUGUCAACUGGGCGCGAGUUUGUGCUUCCGCCUUGAAGCGGCCUCAAGGUCGGUCUCAACCGUCCCAUCUGUCACGUUUCAACUACCUCGCCCCACCCGAGCUCGCCUCCUUCAAGUCUGCUCUCGAAUACACUCUCCACCAUCCCACUCCUCCUCUGCCGCCUCCAACGCUUGCGGCGCACUACCUGAACCUCGUAUAUGAUCACGUACAAGCAAGAUACGGCUGCUUUGACUGGCAGACCGUGCGCUUCUGGCAUGAGAAUCGCGAGGCUAUAUGCCAAGGGCGGCCAUUGUGGGGCGUUGGCACAGGCCAAGACGAGAGGAGAAGUCUCGGAGCGUUCUUCCUAUGGCUCUGUUAUGGUUAUGGCGCGAGGUUGAGCGAGGGCGAAAAUCUCCCGGGGACCGUCAACCACGAAGUGUACUAUAAUGCCGCCGUUGCGUGCCUUUCCACCCUGACGUCCCAUCAUUCGCUUGCCACAGUACAGGCCCUCGUACUUCUCACCAUCUACGGCUUCCGUCAUCCCACCGCCGAAGUUUCCGUCUGGCAGGUUGGAGGUCUGUCUAUGCGUACCGCAGUCGAGAUUGGCCUUCACCGCCGGACUCGUUCGAAAGCCGAGCGCGAGAAAGACCCCAGACGAUACGAGAUGAAGAAACGUGUCUUCUGGGCCGUCUAUUCACUUGAUAGGAUGAUGUCGGCUCAGCUUGGCCGACCGUCAGGGAUUCAAGACAGGGACAUUGAUGUCGAACUGCCGCUGAACGUAGAUGUUGAUUUCAACCAGCCGAAAGCACUGGCAGCAAUGCAAAGCAAGCAGUCGGAGCUGAUGGGCAGUAAGAGACCGGGGGAUGAGUACGCGAAUGGGUAUGGGCCAGUGACGAGCAUGACUUCGGCGAUUCACAACAUCAGACUCAACCAGCUGAAGCAGAUGGUCACUGACGCCAUUUACCGCUUGGACAAGCCUCUCCGGCCCACAAACGACGUAUACUCACCCGAACGCCAGUCUAUAAAUGAAGUUGACAUUCUUCUCGAGCGUCUUGACCAAUGGCGCGCUUGCCACCCAGACCCUCCCCCCGAUUCACAGGUCCCUAUGCUACCGAAGGAGCAUUGGGAGCUAGAGUACCACAACUGUGUGCAGAUGCUUUUGAGGCCUAUCAUUGCGAGUAGAAAGGCUGGGAAACAGUAUGUGGGAUUGUGUUUGGAGUCUGCUGUGGCCCUUUGCGAGACCCAAUGGCAAUACCUUCAGCCGCCUGUGCAUCAUUCAAAGCUCUCAACAUGGCGAUUCUACCGAAUUUUCCUUGCAGGCAUGACCCUCCUCCAUAUCCUCACGACCUUCCCAACCGACAUGACCGAAGUUGAGCUUCGCCGAGCAGAGGGCGGUAUACGCAAAUGUGAAGCUGCUCUCGGUAUCUGGGGAGAACGUUUCAGAGGCGCGAAAAGGCACGAGAAGUUGUUCAAGGAGCUUGUAGAUGCCUGGGAGACGCGGGUGAAAGAAAAGACCUCUGGUGGUGAUCUUCAAACCAGCGCUUUCGCUACUUUCUCCACUCCUUCAGUCCACAAUCGGGGCCGACCUAAACCUCUCCAACCACCCAGCUCCUCCGGUCAACAACAGUCCGCCCAGGCCACAGCCCCGGAACCUCCUGUCGACAUCAUGUCCCAGUUCAUCCAUCUCGUCAACAACUCUCAUUCUGCCCCUCAACCGACACAGCUGAAUGGAAAAGAGCUGCCGACGCAGAUGCAAGCGCUUUUCGGGGCAGAUGUGGCGUGCUCGGGUGGAGCGGGCGUGAGGCAGUCGGAAGCCUUGGCACAAGAGCAAAAGGCGAGGGAGUUGUUGGAUGCGGCCGGUUUCGAUAUGAGGAGGCUCGGGAUGUACUCCGGGAUGGCACCGAUGGCCAACUCGGGUGCUCGGCAGACGUCGCCAGACAAGUGGGCGCGUACGGGUGCGGAUGGGAAUGGGGCCGAAUGGGCUUCAGAUGUCACAAUGGAUUCUGCAGGGCCCACGUUUGGGAACGAUGGCGGUCUGGGCAUCAAGGAAGAUUUCUUCUCUCUCAUAUCAUCUUUCGGCAUCGACACUGACACUCAAACGCCACUCCUUCCUAUGGACGGCUCGGACCCUACAUUCGACUUUUCAGCAGCCCAUUUGGGCAUGUCAAACGUCAACUACAAUUACGACCCUUCGCCCAAUGCGUAUGAUCCCAUGUCCCACAAUUCCCAAACAAACUCUGCCAGCGCGCCUCCGUGGGCUCAGAGUCUUGCACCCAUCAACACAGGCUUCAAUGGGUUUGGCGGAUACAACACUUUGGGGCAGGGAAUGAAUCUGGGUACAGCUGGCGGGAGCCUGCAGCCAGGGGGAGGAAUGGGGACGGGUAUUGCAUCAGACCCAAACAUGGGGAUGAGUGAUUGGGCUCUGUUUGGUUCCAUUGGGAACAAUAGUCACCAGAAGGGAGAGGCGAGUAGGAGUGGGAACACGAACGAUUCGAGUGAGGAGACAGUGCCGCAGUGGGGGAUGUCUGGUACACGGUAG